GCCGAAAAGGAAGCAUCGAGAGCAGCGAGUUGGUUGACUUGAGCCACCCAGUGUCCCCGCCGUCAAUCUCAUGGUGCCGUCGCGUGCCCACGAUGCGACGUCCGGUUUCAGAGGGAUCAUCAGCUGAUAUCGUGACUGCGAGCAACUCGCGUGUGUGGUGAACCGCUCGCCACCCAUACGCGUAGUUGGUCGUGAAGUGCGUUCUCGAUGCAUUCGGUGUAUUGCGGCUCUAUGGUCGGUGGUGUGCAGCGUGGCGUUCGCGUAUCAACGCUUGUACUUGCUCGACCCGAAUAGGUGGAAAUACAGACAAGCGCGAAAUAAAUAUAUAAAUGAAGGAGCCGAAUCUGCUUCGCAUUCAGUUGCAUUUCGUUCGUCGUGCCGAGUGGGUUUCGUCUAGCUGUUUUAUACGCCUCAUGCUUGAGAGCUCAGUGAGUGAUUGACCUCGAACCAUCCUAAUCAACAGUGAAUGUCCUCUAGUUACAGUUUUCAUAUGAAACAUGUGGGAAAUCGUUCUACUACUGUAAAUACGAAGAUUGGGUGAUUAUAAAAACUGACAGUGGAAGCCAACGUGGAGAGUUCUACAUCGCAGCAGCAUCAUACGGGACCGUUGUUUCUAAAUAGGCAACGGAAUUUAACAUUUACUACUGUUUGCUAAUUGAAAGGAAUGCCCUUUAACUGUAGUCGCGAUUGUGUUGGUAUUAGAUACCGCAUAAAUUCCCUGCACCAGACCUGGAAGUGGCUGCACCAAACUAUCGCCCUGCAUGAGUACCUCAUCUCUAUGACCACUUCCGACACGGACGCUAUUGGCCAGAAAGGCAUCAACUGUGCGUUCUAAGAAGGGAACUCAGUGCCAGUACCAGUAAUCCAAAGUAACCAGUUAAUAGGAAGUGUUAAUAAGGCGCAAUAAAUCAUUUCAAUAGUGUUAAAGUGAAAAGUGCGAAGAUUGUCAACUUUUUUCAUCCAACCUCAAAAGAGAAAACGAACAUUUGCUUCUUCUACGUUCUACUAGUCAAAAAAGUGCAAAAAUCAUCUACGAACUGUCUGAAACUAGAACUGUCUUGAACACUGCCAACAUAAGUGAAAAUAAUUUAUGAUAUAAAUAUAGAACUCGUUGAUUCUGCAUAGUGCUACCCAAAAAAAUCUGGAUAAUCUCGUCGUUACGCAACACGCAGAACAUCAUAAACAUCAACCCUCGAUAACUCAUCAACUGCGGAUCGGAACCAAGAGUGAAAAUAUAUAUAGGACAAAGAGAUCAAAAUAAAAUAGCGAGAAAACCCCAAGAUGGCUGCCC